UGCCUGGAUGCGGCCUUUUCCCGGGGGUGUCUUGAAUAGUUAAACCCCCACCUCAACCCUACCUGGAAGUCAGGGGUGUGGACUGGGCAGGACUUCACCCACACCAGGCCUGGUCCCACUGCUGGACUAGGCCUGUAUUCUCUUGGGCAAUGGACACAGAGGACCAGCACCUCUCCCAUACUCCUUGGCUUCCUUCUGGGUCACAGCUUUGGAGUGAACUUUCUACCCUUGGAUAAGUCCCUGAGCCUCUGGAGCCUCUUUAUCCAAUGGAACAGCCCAUGCUUAGCAUGGGCCAGGUCUUUCAUACCUUUCUGGACCCGCUGACUGCUAUUUUGCUACCACUCUGGACUCAGCCAUCUUCCAUGAGACAGUUGUGAUGGCAGCAAUAAGAGGCAGCUGCGUGGUGCUUAGGAAUGUAUCCUCACACUUGCUCAAUUACCCUCUGGGUAACUUUUUCGGACCUCAUUGAACCUGUUGCAAAGCCAUCCCUCGCAACCCAUGUGCAUCAUCUUCUUUAAGUUUGAUCCUCACCCUGUUUCCAAAAAUGCAUACAGGUUCAUUCUGGCAGCCAACAGGGAUGAGUUCUACCACAGACCAUCCAAGUUGGCAGGCUUCUGGGGGAACAACAAUGAGAUCCUCAGUGGGCUUGACAUGGAAGAAGGCAAAGAAGGAGGCACAUGGUUGGGCAUCAGCACACGGGGGAAGCUGGGGGCACUCACUAACUACCUGCAGCCACAACAGGAUCCAGAGGCCCGUGGCAGAGGUGAACUUGUGGCCCACUUUCUGACCACUGAUAUGGACAGCUUGUCCUACCUGAAGAAGGUCUCCACAGAGGGCCACCUAUACAAUGGCUUCAACCUCAUAGCAGCUGAUUUGAGCACAACAAAAGGAGACUUGGUUUGCUACUAUGGAAACCGGGGGAGGCCUGAGCCCAUUGUCCUGACACCAGGGACCUAUGGACUGAGCAAUGCACUGCUGGAGACACCCUGGAGGAAGCUGUGCUUUGGCAAGAAGCUCUUCCUAGAGGUUGUGGAGCAGAGCCAUGUGCUCCCCAAGGAUACUCUUGUUAACCAGCUCCUGGAUGUGCUCAACAACGAGGAGGCACAGCUGCCAGACCCAGCCAUUGAAGACCAGGGCCAGGAAUAUGUACAGCCCAUACUGAGCAAGUAUGCAGCUGUAUGUGUGCGCUGCCCCAACUAUGGAACCAGAACCAACACCAUCAUCCUUGUGGACGCAGAUGGUCACGUGACCUUCACCGAGCGCAGCAUGCUGAACAAGGACCCCUCCUGCUGGGAGACCAACACCUACGAGUUCAUGUUACAGAGCUAAUCCCCCACUGCUGGAUAUGGCCAGCAGGCUCUGGAGGCCCUGCCUUGAAGGCCAGUGUGGACAGCAACCUUCCAUGACCAUACUACACUGCUCGUGACUUGGCCAACAUUCUCAGAGAUGUCUAAUUUGUUUGUUACCUAUUCUUGUGUUGUAUCCAGCUCAGGGUCUGCCUUUAUGCCAAUGGGGAGUGAGAGAUUCUGAUGCCAGGUCUAGGACAGAACCAGGUGUACCAUAUGUGUGUGACUAUACUUGGGUCUACCUUGUCCACAUGUAAAGGCACACAUACACAUGUAGGGCACAUGCUCACACACAUACACACCCCCAUGUGCAGAGGCACACACAU